AUGGCACAGCAACUCGCGCAGCGAAUCACCUCCACCUGCUCGCGGCAGGCACUGCGGCAGGCACAGCAACUCCAGCCUGCGCGGACAAUCUCGUCUAGUACCCGUGCGCUGCCAAUUACAGCACGAGCAACAGCUGCAGUAGCUCCCAGCAGGCAGAUGCAGCCGCUAAUGGGUGCGGGGCUAAGCAGGUGUAGCAGGAUUGUUCUGGAAACGAACAGGAGCGGAGGAGGUACAGCUACUGCAGGACCGGCUAGCACCAGUAGCACAAUUUCUAGCAGUGCUUCCAACGGUUUUCUCUACCGGGCGAACACGAGCGCGCACGACCUGAGGCAUAUCCUGAGUAAAAACGUCCCCACGCCAGAGUUGUAAUGCAGAUUUGCAAAGACAGGAAGACUUGUAAUGCGCAUCCCCAUGAGAGCCAUUGCCAAUCGUGUUUUGGAAUUUGUGAUGCUGUGAACAGGAUGGGCAGAUGAAUCUGUGAUGCGGCUGCACUCGCUAACCUGCACUACACUGCGGAGUGCAAUUUGUCAUGCGUGACUCACAAAACUCCUAGGCUUGUGUUGCAAAAUCCCCAUCCUGACUCUGGUGUGGGGACGUUUUUACUCAGGAUAAGGCAGUUCUCUACGUCAACGUCGAGCCCAUCGUCUUCCAGCAGUUCCUCCGCCGCGAACAGUGCAGGUAGAAUUUGAAGUAGUUUAGAUAGAACGGCAUUGUCAGAGAAGAAGAACCCUCACUCAACGUCUCCGAAUGAAUGUUGAACGAUUCUUGGACCAGAUCUGUCUCCUGUGAAUUUCAAUUUCAUGACCACACUUUUCUCUAGUAUGCGAAUGCAUGUUGAACGCCUGCGAAAAACGAGAACAACCGAGACAUGAACAAGAAUUUUCCUCUAUCAAAUCCACACACCACAAUAAAUCAGGCUUCACCCUUCCCGGCACGAAGGAGAACGCAGCGUACAUCCUGGCCUACACCUGCGACGUGUGCAAACACCGCGAGGUAUCCCACAGAAAAAAGCAGGCAGGGCAGAUUUGUAAUGCAAAAAUGAAUACGCAGAAAAAUGUGUCAUGGGCAACCCCACAGCAUGCUAUUUAGGACACGCAAUCCAUUUUUUUUAGUCUAUCUAUUUUUGCAUUACAAAUCUGACCUGCCUGCUUUUUUCUGUGCGAUAUGAGGCGAAGAAAAUCUCCAAAAACUCGUACCACAACGGGAUCGUCAUCGUCACCUGCUCGAACUGCAAGAAUCGGCAUUUGAUCGCCGAUAACUUGAAUUGGUUCGGAGACCAGAAGCAGAAUGUGGAGGACUUCAUGCGGGACAAGGGCGAGGUCUUUUUGAGUUCCGAGGUCAUUACCCAAGCAGUGAACAAGAAGAACGCAGCGGCGGGUGCAAGUGCUGCGGGAGGUGGAGGAACUACAAGUACUAGCGGGGCAACUACAGGAUCGGGAGCAGGUGGAGCUUCAUCAUCUGGUGCAACAACGACAUCAACAUCAUCUUCUUCAAGUGGUACAAGUAGUACUACCAGCAACACUAACACGAAGCAGCCCGUCCUCCGGGUGCGUAUGCCAGACGGAGAAAUCAGGGAAAUAGAGCUCACCGCCGGCACGGAUCAGGUUGCGUUGACCGCCGGGAAUGUGUACGCAUUGCAAAAGUAUCGUACUCGUAUAAAUGCAUCACAAAUUUCCCCAGCAUGAGAAAUUGAAUUUGUAAUGCGGAUUUACCUUAAGAAAAAAAUUUGUAAUGCAUGACUGCAAUGCGAGUGCGAUACUUUUGCACAGGAUAAUGUGCUGGAAAUCCUCGCAGCGAACGACUUGAUCCACGUGGAACUGCCGCAGGAAACGACGUCAAACGCAGCGGGAGGUGGAACGAGUACUGGUGGCGUCACGGGACAGCAGCAGCAGCAGCAGCAGAAUUUUGCAGCGGCGAAAGCAGCGGGCGGGGAGUCGUCUGGGGCCGGAGCUGUGAGCGGUGCGGUCGGCGGGGAAGGUGGACCACACGACGUCGGGCAGAAAACGGUGGGAGAACGGAUGAAGGAGAUCUAGUGAAGGAUGAGGAAUAAAGACAUCAGAAGAUCAUCGACGUCGCAGCAUGAUAUAUGCAUAGCAAGCAAGCCGCCCUGCUCUUGUGAUCUUCACUUGCGAGGAGGACUACACUACGCACAUGCCACCUCUGCCGAUUGUAUCCGGUAGUUCGCACGCCCGCCGCUCCAACCCGCGCCCCGUCGUUACAAAUCUUCCGAAGAAAAAAGGGACUUUUCUUCACCACAACUACUGCUACGACGAUUGGCCGCCCGAGUGUGCAACCAAGGACUUGUUACACGCGCCGAUUUUUGGGGGUAGAAAACAGGGUGAUUUUGAUGUUUUGCUGUAGUUUUUGCUUCCAAGCUAAAGAGCAGCAGAGAGCAGCUACACAAUGCUGUUGACUAAGCGAGGAUCAUACAACAAGCGAGAGAAAAACUAGUACAACCGCACAACUCUGGCGACGUAUCAAGUAGAGGAAGAUGAAUCUUUAUACGGUUCUUACAUCAUUAAAUGCAUAGAUGAAGAUGGCGCGUCGACGAUUAUAUUAGCCCCGGCUCGCUUCAUCGACCCCGUUUCACAUCUAAUGAAAUUUCAGCGACAAAAACGAAACCGAAAUACCGACAUCUUCAUGGAGGGAAGAUUUUUUGUUUUCGGCAACAAGCGCAAUUGUUCAU